UUUUGUCAACCAUCCAACCCCUCCUCGUUCCGCCUACUGCACCCAGUCUAGCAGAGACCUCACCCAUCAUGGCUGAGUCGAGAGUCGUAUCCCCUCCAUCCAGCCCAUCCGUCUAUCCUCACUCGUUCGCAGACUGGCAAGUCGCCCUCCAAGCCAUCAAACUCCUCUAUACCCAGCGCCAAUACAAGCAAUGCGCUGCACGCGUCUCGGAGGUGCUAAGGACCGCGCCAGAGCCAAUCCACGCCGUUCAUAAGACUUUCCUCUACUUCUACAGCGCUAUCUCUUAUGAGGCAAUGGGUCUGUCCGCUCACAAUUACUCUCGCAACAAGCUUCCAUUGCUGCACUUGGCCCUAGAAUCUUUUGUCACCUGCAGUGCUGUCCUUCCGGGUCCAAUUCCAGCUAUUGAGCGCUAUUCAAACACCUCCGAGGCUUUAUUUACUUCGAUUCCCUCGGACUCUUCCUCGUAUUGUGAUUCCCCGGGAUCGAGAACUAGGCCCUCGAGCCUUGCAAGCAGCCUGGCGGAUAUGAUCGAGCGGUCUCUCCACUAUGGCAGCGCGAAAGAAGAUCCUUUCAUCUCACAUGACAGUGGUGAUGAGAGCGGACAGUCGCAUAAGAAGCUAUGCACUGAGAUUCUGGCUUCGAGUGCUAGUCACAGCUCUCUGGUUCCUUCGCCACUGAACACAGACGACUCCAGUGCCCUGAUAAAUCGGCCAGCAGUCAACAAGGUCGGCACAAACAAGAUCGUCCUUGCUCGCGCACAUCCACUUCCUCUCAUAAUUGACACAGGACAUGCUCGACCAUCUUCUCCCGACCCUGGAGAGCGCGCAGACGCCGCUUCCCACUUGCAUGGGGGACAGAGGGUUCCUCCAUACCCGACCGAAUACUCGAGCCACAUUUCGAACUUCAACAGCAGCAUCCGCUCUCUUCAAGCUCAGAUCAACUCGAGCAUUGCGAGAAACAAGGCCACAAUCGAAGAGGUCACCGAGAUGCAGCUCACUCGCCGUAGAUCGAAGAGUGUUCGCCGCUCGGCUUCUUUCUGGAGUUUCAGUCCCAUCAACGAGAAAGACGGGAAGUCCGCUUCUUCAGCUGCUUCUUGUCCUAAUUCUGCGGAUAAGAGCUCCGGACAAACGCUUGUUACGGAGAGCAUGGAUCAGAGAAUUCAGAGAUUACGCAGUGAAGGGUGGCAGACGGUCGGGAUCAAGUCCCGGCGUCGAGGCUGGAAGGGAGAGGAGUACUACCGUGCCUACUGCGCAAGGAUCUUGGGUGAGCUUUAUCUCACGGAGGAGAAUUAA